CCAAUGAAUGAUGGAGUCAUCAAAUGCAGCCAAAACUGCAACGGUAGCUAGUGCAUCAGAAGUGGCAACUCCGUCACCGACAACAGUUAGUUCACCAGAAGCAGCAACUUCCGUGUCGACUGCGCCGGACCAUGAUAAAGAAGAUCCCACAGCGGUAACAACCGACAAUACCGGCACGGUCGAUGACUCAGAACCAAAAAUCGAACAAGUUACACCGGCCGACAUGGAACCACAAACUCCACCAACGCCGGUCGGCAUGCAGGAACCAGUGGAUCCGCUUGCAGUGCCAGAAGAGUCACCAGAAAUUAGUACAACUUCCGUUGAACCAGAAAUAAAAUCAACGGAAGUAAUAGAAAGUACGAUAAAAGAUACCGAACAAGCAGUGGAGCAAGAUCCGCUUGCUGGUGCUUCGCACGAGGAGCUGAGGACGUCUGAAGAAGUACUCAAACCAUCGACAUCCGCUCAACCUGCAGCUGUGAAGGGUGAAAGCAUUUGCGUGGGCAAGUCUUCCGAAGUGUCCGAAUCUAUUCCAACGUCAACAUCUUCUCCUGGUGAGAAUCCGGAAAUGAGCAGCAGUAGUACGGUUGAGGAACAGAGUUGUGCAAGCAGAAUCCCCCCCACGAGCACCCCACCACCGUUAGUGGAAUCUUCCACAGCCUCGCCGGAAAAGGCUGCUCCACUCGUGGAUGAUUCACCUGCAACAACUCCCAAGGAUGUACCGAUAUAUACAACAACAUCCACCGUGGAUAGUAGUAGCAGCAGCGGGAGUGGUGAUAAAACUGGUGACAGCAACGUUGAAACCGACAAAGGUCCUAACAGUAAUGGUAGUGAUAUUGUAAAUAGUAUUAGCAAUGACUGCAGCAGCAGCAGUAGUUGUAGUAGCAGUAUCGGGAACAGUAAAGAGGCAGAAUCUCAACCGACUGCCACAGAAAAUGGCUCCACGAGUCUCGAAGCGAAUACGACCACAAUGGAUGCGAGUGAUCGUGCACGAACACUUUCUUCUGCGAUCGUCCCACCGUCCACGAUCGAGGAAGCUGCGAAUGCUGUGAUAGAAAAGGAUACAUUGGCAAACAACGUAGACACAACACCCGGAAAUGAGAAGCAGUCGGCUGGCUCGUUGGCACGUUUGAAUGAGUCGCAGGAGGAAUCUGAUGAGAAGAACUCCUUGAGUCACAAUUCGGAAAAGGAUCGAGCUAAUGGACAUGAAGACUCGAAGCAGCAAGGUAGCGAUCUUUCCAACGAUCAAAAGAACGACGAAAUGAAAACGGUUCCCAACAGCGCAUAUGAUGCAAAUGGGCAAGAGAAGCGAGAGGAAGCCUGUCACGAGCAUCGUCCAUCUUCGGCGAUGCCACCGGAUCCCGAUACUGGUCCACCUGUGGAGAAAAAGCUUCAUUCGGUCGAUACCAAAAGUGCCGAAAGCUGUAACAGUCUUAAAGAAAAUGUUGCAGCCAAUGGUAUUGCAUCUUCCGGGGAGGAACAUUGCAAUUCGCUACGAGCUUCACAAAGCAUGGAAGUUGAAUCUUCACAAAACGAAAACCUGAACGGUAGUGUCGAUGGUCGAACGAUCAAUACUCAGCUCAGCACAGGAGUUACCACCGGUAGAACUGAUCACUAUCAUCAGCAACAACAAACUCCUCCGGUUUCGGCGCGGAAUCCCCUGCAAUUCACGGAGGUGGCGAAUGACGAGGUUGAGCUUAAAGUGGACAGUGGUCAUUUGCUUGAUCGUGUUAUUAAACUUUCGCUCCUAAAAGGACUGCAAGACAGUGGAAAGCGUUUGGCAAAGAGUAGCCUGAUCAUAUCCGGUGCAGGAGCUAGCAUCGCCGAGGGAGCGAAUGGAGAGGCUACACUAGCAACAACUUCUUCGCUGAGCAAAGCAAAGAGCGCCGCCGCAGGUUUGCGGUUGAUGGAGGAACACAAAACCACACCUCCCGCUCUUGUGGCCAAUGGCGCAGCUGGAAACGGCGUGGAAAGCGCUCCAGUUGUUGUAACAGAAAUAGCAAGCACUACGAAGGAGGCAGCAGACUCACAAAAUCAUCCAACUGCACCGAUUGGGGGAAGAAUACGUCAUUCAAGUGAUACUACCGUAAGCAGCAGUCCCUCCGGAGAACUGGAUUGUACGGUUCGGAGCAGUAGUAACAGUUCGUUAGAUUUUCGAGAGGAGGAAAGAUCACCGUCAGCACAGGCACAGGAAGCUGCAUCACCAGCAUCCAGCCAGGAGGCAUCAUCGAGCCGAAGCUCUUCCACACGGGACCCGGUAUCCACUCAGCCCGCCCAAACCAACAAUAACGAGCAUCUGCCUGUGAAAGCACGCAAACCACAGUACUACGCCAGUAUUCCGGAUUUUUCAAAGCAACAGUUUUCCUCGGCCGCGUCUAUGUCUACCGUGUCAACCUCGACGACAACGAGCGCGAAAAGUCUCGCUCAGCUACACAUGAAGACGCCCGAUUUUAGUCGUCUAGUGUCGGGUACGGUGCCGUCCAGUCAAACAUCGCCGUCUUCCACGACGACAAACUCUGCUAUCUCCACCGUGGCUUCGUCGAAUGUGCGGACAACGAGCGAGUUGAAAAUUUCGAAUCCCGACUUUACGAAAGGAUUCGGUGCGCAACACCAUUCGCAUUACAGUUCUUCAGCGCACGGCGCAAGCUACCCGUCUGCUCAAGAACAGCCAGGAAGUGGUAGCAGCAGCUCUCAGUAUGUUACGCCGGAUACGUUUAGUAAGCUUAUCAAGGAGCGCAACUACAUCGCUGACUUGCAGUUGAAGAAUCCACCACGUUCCCAGCAAGGCUCAGCUGACGAUCAACCAGUUGCCAAAAGUACUGAAUCGCAGAAUGAUUAUCCGUCGUCCAGAAGAGUUGUGGUAGACACCACCUCAGCUGCACCUGGCGGUACUGCACCUUAUGGACAUGCUAGUUCCACUCCUAUCAGUCAGUACCGUCGAACUUCGUCGAUUGAGAACGGAAUGGAGCAGGAACCGAAGGCUCAUGUGAUAAAUAAACCUUCAGGCGGUUCUUCAGCACCACCACAACCACCACCUGCGCCGCCUUCACAAUCCACCGGCGGUCAUCAUGCGCCAAAAACGUGGAACCCUCCCGAGUUCAGCAGUAAACACUUUACCCAUGGACCUCCGAACCACAGUCGUCCGGCGGGUUCUAAUGGAGCAGGACCAUCGUCUACGUCACCCUCAUCGCGAGAUCCAUCACCUGCUUCGUCGUCUUCCUCGCCACAUCAACCUUCGUACGGACAACAUCCUGGUGGGUUGGUUAACUAUGCAGGCAAAACCUCUCACACUGGACCCUCCUCGGUGGUCGGGUCGGAAAGAAUCAUCGUCAACAACGUGAGAACGUAUUAUCCAGAGGCGUCGGUUCCACCUGCAUCGGCAUCUAUACCACCUUCCGGUACGUCCUCCUCGUCGUAUCCUUCGUUGCCGAAGGUGAAAGAUCCCGAGUUCCGAUUGGAUCAAAAUAAAGAGCAACUAUUACUGCAGGAGGGAACUAUUGUUACGGUGAAACAACCGUACUCGAAUCACACCUCAGGACGCGGGCAGCUUCCGCCUCCGACGAACGUCCGUUCACCGUCCGCCGAGAGACGCGAAGCUCAGAUGAUGCAAAAUUCACAAGAUAUACUGUAUCGAGAUUUUAAGCAACACAAAAAGCCUACCAGUUCUGUGAUUUCGGGAAGUAGUAAUACAAGACCUGCUGGGCCUUCACAGAACCCGGUCGAUCGUCGAUCGCCGUACGAUCCUGCUGCAUAUUACUCUCAGUCGAUGCAUCAUCAUAGACCUCCUAUAAUACCUCCUCAAGGAAGUGGCAUGAUGCAUCCACCACCACCAAACUGGCCUGGACCAGCGCAACAUCUUCCUCCGCAUCAAAUGUCUAGGGGAGCUGUCGGACCGGGUGCACGCAGCAGCCCGCAGGAUAAUGGUGCAAGUCCGGUGUCAUCGCCUGCACCAGUAGCAGCAGGUCAACAUCAUUAUCAUUCUCAUCCGCACCAAGGUCCAUACUAUGGGCAAUACAAAAACGCACCUAGUCCUGUAUCGGGCUCGACAUAUGGUACAAACUCAUCGCCUGCUCAACCACAAGGAUCUGGUAGUAAAUAUACUCCCCAACAACAACAACAACAACAACAACAACAACAUUAUCCUGGUGGAACCGUUGCUUCCGAUCGAAGACUCGAGGUGGUAGAUCGGACUGGUGUGGGUUCAGGCAACUACAAAGGUCUGGACUACAAUAUGGAGCAAAAGUUUGCGGAGGUUUACCAGGCACAUCAAGCCAAGGAGAAACAGGCAGCUGCAGAAGCCGCUGCGUCCAGCUCGGCAAGGCAAGGAUCUCGUCCAGGGCCUGGUGCUGCGGGUGGUAGUCCUGGAAUUUCAUCGACCCCAGGAUCAUCUUCAAAGGGACCUACUCCGUAUGGCUAUGAACAGUAUCAUGCUUACUACCAACACUCGCAAGCUACACCAUCUCCAACAUCCACGCCAUCACCAGUGCCUUCCCCGCUGCAUAGAAAGUAUAGUGGCCCACCGUCCAGGGAUCCUUCGCCACAGGGACAGCAAUCGCAGCAAUCGCAUCAACAUCAUCGAUACGGUGGAUCAAGUGAAGCACUGUAUCACGUGCCUCCUGGCGGUCCUCCGGCAAUGUACGUUCAUUCGGGAACUCCAAAAUCAGUCGAGCAAGGAGCCGUAUUACAACCUAUUCCCCCUGCGUCCUACUAUCAAAGUCAGCCAUGCUCUUCGUCGUCGUCGUCCUAUUCCAGUGUAACCACUACGUUCUCAAAUCGUUCUAACCAUACUGGUGCCGUUCUGAGCCCGAAUCAUCCCAAUCCUGCACAACAGUCUGUGAUAAGCGGUAAUCCGUAUGAUCGCUACGUCCAUGCAUACGCUACUGGUGGGCAAUCUCACCCCGCAUCCGGAGGGCAGCAGCAGCAGCAGCUGCAACAACAACAACAAACGCAUCACUCCAAACCAUCACUUCCAUACCCUGCAGCGGGACGACUUCAAGGACCUCCACCAUUGCAACCUGCUCCACCAUCAUCGGUGACUGGACAGUCGCAACCAGUAAUACAACCUCCUUUGACGGGAAGUAAAAACAUUCCCGUCCGUGUAAUUGCCACGGCCCCACCGGCGGCUGCUUCUGUCGCUAGCGUCGCAUCUCUACCUAACGCUGUACCUACCGUCCAAUCACAAGGAACAUCUCGAUCAUCAGGCCAGUCUUCAUCUGCAACUUCAUCAUCGCAACCGGGAGCCGUUGCUGCAAUGACGCCGGUAAUCAUCGCUCCUGUCAAACGAGAAUCUCCGCUGGAUCUUUCAGUUAAAACCGUCAAAACGAAAGCCGAUUCAACAGGAUGUGAUGAUUACGCAAUGAGUGCCAGCAACAGUAGUAUCAGCAGCAGUAGCAGCAGUAGCAGCAGUGGUGGAAAUGGAAGGCCUCGUGAAGUGGUGCCCAAGGUGGACUUUAGCCCUAACUUUCAAAAACACAUUCCACCGAGAAAUCCUGGCCCUAAUGGUACGCCAGGCGUUGGUCUACCAGCGGUAGAUGUUAGGCAACCACAGGAACCACCACAGCAUCCAACGCCUGCACCAUCGCGUCACGUUUCUGUCAUCAGUCCAGCAAUACCGCCCGGGUAUGAUAAGAAAACGGAUGCGUACAUGUCUGCGAACUAUCGUGCUGUCGGUGGACCAAUGGUGACUCCAGCAUAUCAAUACUCUGCUGGUCAAGCGCGAUUAUCGUCUGGAUAUGAUGGUUCGUCAACGGCUGCCACUUCUUCAAUGGCCUCGGCAAGUAGCAAAAGUGUAUACUACCCUCCAACGGGACAAGACUAUGGUCGUACUGCUGGAAAAUCAGGCUCUGGAAGCAUCGUAACUGGACAAGCCGCUCCCGCUGGACCAACGAAUUCACGCUCCAACCCAACCUCGCAAGUUGCACCAACAAUCUCACCAGCUGUCUCGCAAGCACAUUUAAACGAUCGCAUCGAGGAUCGCAAAUUCGUGGAGAGUAUGCUAAAGAAGAAAACAUCACCAUCUUCCGAUGUAAUGGCGGACCUACAGGCUGGCAAGUUUCCAACACGCAUUCCGCAAACUUUGGCACCAAAAAAGAGAGCAGCUGCGGCCGCAGCAGCAGCUGCCGCUGCUGAAGCGGCUAUGACAAAGGCUCCUGUUAUUCAACCUGGAACAUGUUCGCCAACAGUUCCUUCUCCUGCAAAGGUAGCCAAAUACGAAGAAUUGUUAGUAAAUCGUGCCCCAGGAGAAUCAAUACAUGGGCCUGUUCCACCGCCACAGGGUCCGCCUUCUCAAGGAGCUCCGGCGUAUGAUGGCCGCUAUCCAAAUCAUACUCAACUGUCUUCUCGAGAAGGACCGUAUCCUAGCUACGGCCCAGCUGGACAUCAUUAUCCAAUGUCUGACAAGCGUCCAACAGCACCCGAGCUGUCUAACGGCCCUGCUGUACAUCCAUCCGUGAUAACUACCAACUACCAUCAUCAUCCGCAAACCGUGUUGCAGCAACAGCAGCCACAUCAGUACACUCCAGAUGCUCGUAAUUAUCCACAUCAUCCGACUGUUCCGGUGAAAUCUCGUGAGGAUCAUAUAAUGCCCGUCUACCAUCCACCGCAUCUGAGAGGUGGAAGUGCUGCAUCGUACUCGUCACCUCAUGCGUAUGCCUACCCGAAGGACGAACCCAAUGCUCAUCCUCCCUACCCUUUGCAUAAUUCCGAUCCGAUGGCGUAUCAUAAAGGACCACCGGGUGCUGUUCCGCCAUUUCGAUAUGGGGAUUCAUUGAAGGCACCACCACCGCCUCUAGAACAUACCGCUGUACAUCAUAUGCAGUCACACAUUCACUACACGGGUGCAAGUGCUGGAGCUAUCCCGAAGGUUGGUCACAGGACUGUUCAUCAACAUCAGCAGUCACUACAGCCACAUGUUCAGCAGCAGCAGCAGCAACAUCACUCCUCACAAUCUGCUGAAUCCAUAGCCGUCCCUCAGCAUCCUCCAAACGUACAUCCUAACUAUGGACCACCGUCACAUCAUCGUGGAGUGGAUCAGUCGGUGAUUUCAAAACUUCGCACCAGUCUCGAAAUGAAGGAAUACGAGAAGCAACGUAUCAAUCAGUUGCGUAAGCAGCCGUGUACGGAAUUGGGCGAUGAAGAUCGUUCCCAGAAAACUGUGCUGCCAUCGCCAGCUCCAGCACCGACCGGUGUCAUUCCUUCGAUGCACGAUUCUCCAUCGCCAUCAUCCCGCUUUCGCACGAAGGGAGAACUUAAAGGAUACACACCGUUGCCAACUCCAAGUGUUGUCACCAAAGCGGCCCGAUCCAUGGCUGAUUCUCCUCCACUGUCUUUGAAGAGAGGAGGGCUCGGUGGUGAAGAAGAUAAGGAAGACGGGGAAGAAGGGAAAAGACCGAUUGUUCCACCGGUAGAUAUAGAUGGUGCAUCGGCACUGGAUAUAUUGGACUGGGGCAGCGCCUGCAAUGAAUUUGUUGAACAACUGCAGACGGGUAAAAAGCGUGGCCGACGGAAACGAACGCCAGGGACGGUAUCGGCUGGAUCGGCUGGUGGUCGUAGUUGGCCAGUUAUUGAUUCAACCGAAACGGCGAUUACGGUCCCCGAAUGCUCAACGACGGACUUGUCGGCGGUCCCCAAGGAAGUACUUAACUCUGCUCGGUCCCCGCUGCGUCUUAAAGCUGCUCGAGACGGAAGUGAGAGCUCGAGCGAUGAAGACAAACCACUGCUGUUACUUCGCCAACAAUCCCAGCAGCAGCAAAAGGAUCAAGAGGAACAGCGCCAGGUGGACUGCAAAGCGCUCGCUGCUAUUGUACAAACGGAAAAGGCGGCCCGCAAUCUGCGCGAAAAGCAGCGAUUUGAGUUGCAGCAGAAACACGAAGCUAAACUAGGCCGUUCAAGUAGUACCGAUAGCGAAACGGCACGGCUUGCGUUUGUAGCAGCCCAGCGUGCGAAAGCACGCGUUCGUAAGCUACGUCACCGGUCGAGUGUCGCCGCGACCCUUUCGCUCAAGUCGUCCGAUGGGGACGGUGACGUGACAGCGGACGGUGCAGAAGACGAUCGUGGCAAACCGGGACAGAAGCGUGUGCCACAUGCGCUGGAGAACAGUGCGAAACGGAAGCGUAUCCGUGGUCCAGGUUCACGAUCGUCCUCCUGUUCGUCGUCCUCAUCUUCGUCGGAGAAUAGUGCUCCGGUGGUGGUAAAGAAGCCGGAGAAUGAGAUGCCCAGAAAACGAGGACGCCCAAAGGGAACGGGAGCUGGUGGUAAGCGUGCUCAACAAACGGGCAGCAACCGCUGUCAGACCGGUACAAACAAGCAGGAAACGAAUGAGAAAAGUGAUCUCAGUUCGGAUGAAGAAUCUCGUGCCGUGCGUACACCACACAAGAAUGGAUCCACCGCGACGAAUGCUGACUCUGCAAAGAAACGUGAAGGUGGAACGGCUACUGGCGGUGGUGGUAGUACGGGUGGCUCUUCCGGCAGUGGUAAUUGUGCGGGAGGUAAAGCACAGCAGGGGAGUAAGGUGAGCGAAGGAUCGGUAUGCAACGACGGGAGUCAGAAGGAGAAACACAUCGCAUCCGGAGCAAAGAAGAAGUCAGUGAAAACACGCACAAAUUCCCGGUCGAAGGCAGAAUCGUCAUCGGAUUCGUCUUCUGAUAGUUCGUCUUCCUCGUCGUCCGAAGCAGAGGAGGAGGAGGAACAGGAGGAAGAAGCGGAAGAGACAAUGACGCGAUCACGCAGCAAACGGGAAGCUGAACGUCGACGAUCAAAUAGCAAAGUUCUGCGCAAUGAUAAGAUCGUAGAAAACUGCCCGAACCAGCGUUUAGCUCGGAACCGCGCUGAAAGUGAGCGUACCCCAACGAAGAAGGGUAAGGCUCGCAAACUAUCCGUCGGAGAACCGACGCCUAAGCGGUCAAAGUCACGUGUGGUUGAGUCGGAUUCGGAUGGUCCCAAAGCGGGUGCUAGUGGUAACACUGUUCCGCGCAAACGUACUAGACAGGCUUCAAAAAACGCGCCAAAUUCGUCGGCUGGUUCAGGCGAGUCGGCGACCAGUUCGAGUGAGGAUGGAGGGGGUCAGAUGGAUCUAUCGGAGCGUUUGCGUUCCCGGAAGGUUGCAAAGAAACUGACCGAGGAACCUGCCCGGAAGCAGUCAACUGCUGGUGUUACUAAAAGUGGAUCACGUCGCGAAAGUACCACCUCAGCGCGAGGAAGUGAAUCCUCCACCAAGAAGAGGGGUAAUGGCACCGGUCCAUCUUCCAGUUCUGCAUUGGCCGGGGUGAAGAAAUCAUUGAAAGAGCUCAACCAAACACCAAUGCCGGUUGAACCUCCGGACCAUUUCUAUCCCGGUUGGGAGAAGGAACUGUACGAAUACAAGCGAUCGAUCAAGGUGCCUCCGGAAUUGAUUACAAUUGAUGGAUACAUGCAUCGGAUAUCGUCUUCACUGCCCGAUCUGGAUUCGCCCCAUCACAGCGACGGAUCGGAAACGUUCUCGGAGAUUGUGAAGAAACUGAACCAGCGAGACGUUGGAUCAGCACCACCGAAACGCUUCAAAACGAAGGCAGCGGCCAAGCAACAGCAACAGCAAGCUACUGCUGGGUCAACCUCCUUGUCGUCAGGAACUACGCGAGCAAAGGAGGAUGAGCAUAGCCAAAAGGAGCGUAAGAAAAUUGACGACGAUAAAAAGUUUAGGUCGAUCAUAGAGAUAUUACAUCGUCGGUGUAUCGCAGCGCAAGGAGCUAAACCCACGCCAUCCACUUCAGGUCGAGGCAAAGGUCCAAAAAGUAUUGGGAAAGGAAACAAUAGCGCGACCAGCACCGAGAACUCCAAACCCAAGCAAGAGUUUGAACUGUUACCUACACCGGGUGCCGAAUCGGAGUCACUGUUCAGCAAGAAUAGCAAAAAGAAAAAAUCUCUGUUCGAUACGGCCAUCCUGAAGUCACGCACACGCACCGAACAAAAAGCGAUGCAAAGCAAGGAGAUGAUCCGUGAAGUGUUUGGAGGCGAUGAAGAGAGACCACAGUCGGCACCACCGCUCAGCUGCCGUCCGGAGCCACCUCCACUGUUUGAGGAAGGCCUUCAGAAUAUAACGUACGACGAGAGAUACAACCAGUUGAUGCGUAACAUCGAUCGGAUUGUUGGGGAGCUUGAUGGUGGUGGAGCUGUGGCAACAGCUACUGUCAAACAGGAACCCCCGGAUGAGGAAGAAGAUGAUGAGGAGGAAGAACCGGAGGACGAGGAAGAAGACGAUGAUACGCAGGAUGGUAGCGUACGGAUGAAAGAUUCCGAGCGCGACACACCAUCGAUCGCUUCCGAGCGAGGUGACCGUGAUCAUCAACUGCCCAGUACGCCUCUCUCCUUUAAUGGUGGUUCGGCGAUUCUGAGUGCGAGCGCGUCUGCGUCGGGCAGUGCGGCUUUGGUAGUGCCAGCCGCGCCCAAAAAACGUGGCCGAGGCCAUCGUACCUCACGUCGCAAAGGUAGUUCGGGGUUUGAUUACAUUCGCAAGAAAAAGAAACCCUCGCAGCAGCAUCACCAUGGCAACCAUCAGCAACACCAUGGAGCUGCCGGUGCAAACGGGCUGAACGGUUCGUUCGGUGUGCGAAAGGUGACGAUAUUCGAGAACAUCGAGGGAAAGGAUGAGACGCACAUCAGCAAGGAGAUCCGUAGCUGGGUGCUGAACAAAGGUGCUGGUGAGAGCGUUAUGCACAAAGCGGCACGUUUGGGCUACACGGACGUGAUCGUGUAUUGUCUGGAGCGUUUGGACAUGGAUCCGGAUCUCAAGGAUAAUGCGGGCUACACGCCACUACAUGAAGCGUGUGCCAAAGGUCAUCUGGACAUUGCCAACUAUCUGCUGCAGUAUGGCGCAAGUCAUUCGGAGCCGGCUCAGUCAGGAAUGCGACCACUGCACGAAGCAGUGGAAAACUCGUUUGUAGAAAUCGUUCGACUGUUGCUCGCUUUCGGUGCCGAUCCUAUGCUGGCGACGUACCGUGGUAUGACACCAAUGGAGUUGGCCGAAAGCGAUGAUAUGACGCUUUUUCUUGAGCAUCACCUAAACGAUGUGCAGAGUAUGGCACCGAACAAGAUUGGGUGGAAAUUUGAUGGACCUUGGAAGAUACAUGAUCCAGAAGAAAGUGGUUGCAAUAUAUUCUCGAGCAUUCCGGGAUUCGAUGGAACCGGUGGUCUAACAUCACUCAAUACCAGCGGUACCAGUAGUAGCACCGGUGCGAUCUCGUCCGCCUCCAGCAAACGGUGCGAUUCAAACUCCAACAUAAUGCACUACGAGGUGGGUGAAAGUGUUACCAACACCGGUACGUGCGAUUCUACCCCGAAGCGGAACGGUAUCACCAACAAAAAUCUUCCCGUUGGCUUAAGAAAUGGAAAAAUCAAACGUGGCCUUCCAAAGCAGCAGGAAGAGCGUCCACCAAAUGGAGCAACUGUUCCACGAUUGACGACAAAGUUGAGCAACGACGAAAAUCGAACCAAUGCGGAACAACAGGAUUUAGAGAUGCAUGACAUUGGCAGUGAUGAUGGUGAGGAUGGUGAGAUACUAUUCGAAUAUGAGGAAGCGGAUCGUCCGUUGCCACCGCUGUAUAUCCUGAAGGAUGAGUACAACGAACGGUGGAUGCUAAUGAGUGAUCUGUGCAGUUUUCUCAAGUUCAAAUCGAAGGAGGCCGUGCUAAGACAGAUAUGUUCCAACAAUUCGGCCAUGAGUCAGCGUGAGUUGAUACGUGAGAUGAAGAUCGAAGACUUCCUGACCCGAGCCAACUGUUUGCAGCUGUUGUGCGCUGGUGAAAAGCUCAACAUUCACGCCUCGAAGGUGAUGUUGGUGAAGUACAACGAUAGCGUCAAGAGCCUGCUGCGAGUACAAAGCUUCAUCACACGCAUCUAG